AUGGCGGGUGUUUCGAGUAACUCGAAAAAACAUUCAUUCGAUAUCGUUUUCGAUGGAGCCUUAUUAUCAAGUACAAGGGCAUCCCUUGUAAUAGAAUUAAUUAAUUACUUGUUAUAUGAAAGGCAGCAGAUACCUUUACCUUUGGAACAACUUAAAUCACAAAUAUUAAGGCCUGUCAAUCAGACGUGUUCUACAAGCACAACUGCACAAGAAAAAAAGGAGCACAAAACCCACCAAGGUACGUUCACCAAGAACCAGUCAGAGCGCAAAGCCAAAUGUCUUAUCAGUGAUCUCACAUUGAUAUUUGAAAACUUAAAAAAAGCAUUUGAACUCUGCCCAGAGAUAGAGCAGGUGGUUAUCAUUCUAGGUGGAACACUGUUUAGCCCUAAAGAAUCAUUUCUUAUAAACUUCCCACCGCCUUGUCCAGAUGCUGAUUGUCUACCCUUGCUGACCUGCAAACAGACCCUGUUCCGACAGAUAAUUGGUGAAGACAUACUUGGUUGUCUGUCCAGCACUCUUUCUCCCACAAAUAUGAUGCUUUUAGUUUCUGCCCCUAGGUCAUGCCCUCUCCAGUGGUUCUUACCCCGACAGUCUUUCUCCUCCCCCAAGAGUGGGCAAGUCAUGUCCUUCAACUUCCACUGCAAAUAUUUGGUGCCCAUAUGUCACGAUUUGACUUUUGUGGAGGGAGAAGUGGACAUCUCUGGCAUCGAGUUGCUGGAAUGUUCUCUCUGCGAGAAGGAAAAUAAAAACGAGAUGGCACCCGGCAAGAAAUCGGAGGAAGGAUCGGAGGCGAGCUGCAUUGAGGACAAAGACUUCACAGUUGCUUCGCUGCUUAAGAAGCACUGCUCCCUGGAGAUGGAUGUAUCCUCCGAGGCCUCGCCAACGCAGGAUAUAUCCGUGGGGGCGUCGCCGUGCGUUAACAUGCCCAGGUUCUGCGCUCACCAAAGACUGAAUUACAUUUACAGCCACCGGAAGAAGAAAAACGGCAACGGCUUCCUUCACUGGUCCCCGUUACAAUCUCACAUCAAUCAUGGCAAAACAAUACUGAACCUGAUGACAGCCAGUCCUGUGCUGAAUAUGGGAGCUAACUCCCCUUCACUCCCAGGCCCGGCUGCUGAUAAAGACCUUCUCUGGUAUCAAAGUCCACUUGUCAUCAAAGGGUAUAAAGAAACCAGCUUUGCACAGAACAACUUUAGUGCGCUAUCAUAG